AUGAACGACAACCGUUCUCGGUCCCAUUACCCUCCUCGCCAAGAGCAGCAGACCUACGCAUACAAGCCAGAAGGGCUUCUUCCCACACCUGAUCCAACCCCUUGCCUCGACAUGCCCUCCAGUUCCCUGAGUUCCACUUCCACCAUCAAGCCGGCAAUCACCCCCACAGCCAGCACCAGCACCAGCUACGUCAACCCGAAUUGGCGGCAGGAUGUCCGCGUGGACGACCAAGUCAUCGAGCGCAUCUUCCAGUCGCUGCCAACCCCUGUGGACGUGCAUCAGCCGUGCCACAGCCACAAGGACGUGCGCGCUGCUGUUGGGGGGCGCGCGUUCUCCGCGUUGAAUCGCCAGCUCCGCCCCGCCUUUGCCCACAGCAGGCAGGCGCUCGUUGUCACGCUGUUCAUGGACUGGCAGAAGCGCAUGUCGAACCUCAACAUGCAGGCGCUCUACCGCAGGCAGCACGAGUUUCGGGAGACGCGCGGGCGCCGCCGCGAACUGAACCUGCAAACGCUUGCCCGCAGGCACAACAUUGGCGUCACUGCGCUGGGCAUGGCGCUGGUUGGCGGCCUCUUCAGCAAGUACUUCUGCCUCACGCCGCACCACCUCGACCCCACCGCCAAGACGGAGCUCUUCCACAUUGUGGAGGACGAGGCGUUUCUUCGCCUCAUGGUCCACAACCGCAAGCGCAUUGCCCUCGUCCUCCAGGCGCGCGAAUGCCUCCGCAACGCCGCCGUUGACAGCGACGACGACGAGAAUGAUGAGGAUGGUCUUGAGCAGAACAGGAAUGAUGACGACGAUGCUGAUGACGGCAAUCACGGACACCAGCACGGACACUGA